ACAUCCGAGCGAACCCCCGUCUUCGGCUGAGAUCCGCGCGUGCGAAGUAGGUAGAGCAGAUCUCCCCUUUGUUACAUAAACAUUUUCUGACUCGCUUUGCUACUACGACGGUCGAGGACACCAAGACUAAAAUUUUGAAGCUGUAAAGUGUCUUCAUGGCCGUCAGAAGAGGACACAUAAGGUAUUUAAAAGUUUGUGAGGUUCAGAACCAGGGUAAUGACAGAGACUCACACAAGGGUGCCAGCUCAGUAAAGCAGGAAGUAUACGAUAUGCCGAACGGUUACGAGGACCACAUGGGUGAUGAGCCAAGUGAUGCAAAAACCAACCUGAUUGUCAACUACCUGCCCCAGAACAUGAGUCAGGAGGAGCUCCGCAGUCUCUUCAGCAGCAUUGGCGAGGUGGAGUCAGCCAAACUCAUAAGAGACAAGAUGGCAGGAGGUGUGAAGGAAGGCCACAGUUUAGGGUACGGAUUUGUUAACUAUGUUAACCCUAGUGAUGCAGAAAGGGCAAUCAAUACACUCAAUGGCCUGAGACUACAGUCUAAAACUAUCAAGGUCUCAUAUGCCCGGCCGAGCUCUGACAGCAUCAAAGAUGCCAACCUUUACAUCAGUGGUUUACCGAAGACCAUGACACAGAAGGAUGUAGAGGACAUGUUUACACAGUAUGGGCGUAUCAUAAACUCCCGUGUACUGGUCGAUCAGGCCUCAGGGCUGUCACGUGGAGUUGCAUUCAUUCGUUUUGAUAAGAGGUCUGAAGCGGAGGAAGCCAUCAAAGAUCUUAAUGGAUCCAAACCAGCUGGUGGCUCUGAACCAAUCACAGUGAAAUUUGCUGCAAAUCCAAACCAGACCAAGAAUUCCCAACUGCUUUCUCAGCUCUACAACACUCAGUCCCGUCGGUUUGGGGGACCUGUUCACCACCAGGCACAGCGCUUCAGGUUUUCACCCAUGAGUGUUGACCAUAUGAGUGGCGUCUCCGGAAUGAAUGUGGCAGGCAGCUCUUCCUCUGGAUGGUGUAUUUUCAUCUAUAAUUUGGGUCAAGAUGCAGACGAAGGCAUCCUGUGGCAAAUGUUUGGUCCGUUCGGUGCUGUCACCAACGUCAAGGUCAUCCGUGACUUUAACACCAACAAAUGCAAAGGGUUUGGGUUUGUUACCAUGCCAAAUUAUGAGGAGGCAGCAAUGGCCAUUGCCAGCCUGAAUGGAUACCGCCUGGGAGACAAAGUUCUACAAGUGUCUUUCAAAUCCAGCAAGUCUCACAAGUAAAGGGACUUUUUUUUGUCUCAAGAAUCUGAAAGUUAAUUGAGGUUUCAGUUAUUGUUGACUCUCUUCAUAAACCUACUCGUACAAUGUUUGGGGUGAAAAAAAUUUGUGUUAGUGUUUUACUGUGGGGUUAAGCAAAAGAUAGAAUUUUGAAAAAGUGAUUUGUCCCUGAUGCCUGGCAUUUCUAAAACCCUGGUCAAUUUAAGUGUCCGAUAUAUCAGAGGAUCCUUUUUUGUUUGUGCACACUUUUGGGAUACCUUAAAAAUGUCAUGGCAUUAUUGCUCUUUCCUUCUAACACCUCUUCCCUUAAUCACAAUGGACUUGUUGGUCCCAUUUUCUUUAUAUUAUAAUGUGAAGGCUUUUAGCUUUUUUGUCAUUACAAACUACACAUUCUCACCUCUUCUAGAUCUUUGUAAAUAGGCCACCUAUUCAUUGCUCCAGCUCACCCAUCUGUUAGGUAAAAGAACAUUUGAAGGACCAAAGAGAGUGUAAAGCAUAUGCCUUUAAAUGUUUUAUUUUUCAUGGUUGGAAGUUAAAAAUUUAAACCGCAAGUAUUGUCAUCUAUGAUGUCGCGUGUUUUUUUUUUUAUUUUAUUUUUUUUUAUCUUAAUUGCAGUUUGCUUUUUUAUCGCAGGUUUUGUUUUUUCAUAUUAAACUUUGUAUUGCAUUUAAUUACGCAUUUAUUUUUAUGUUUUAUUUAGAAGGUGGUUAGGAGCAGAUUUGGUUUUACAUGAUUUUUUUUUAAACCAGCAUUGAAUUCACUCCCCACUUUGUAAGGUCUUAGAAGUUUCUGGAUAAAUGGAUUGAGUCUGGUAGGAGCAGAGUUAUUAGGCACAUGGCUGCAGGUUGUUAAUGUAGAGUUGGUUAGUUACAGAUGUACAAUGUUCACUUACAGAUGUGCUUGCAGAAUUAACAUUAAUCCAUUUAAUGUAGUGUUUUACUCUAUACUUAGUCAAUCUCUAAAUGCAGCUUUGUACAUUUAAAUGUGUAAUUUGGAUGUGCUUUGAGACCUUGUCAAAAGUCGUGUAAAGGCCACACAAAGGUGAAGAUUUGUAUUUAAUUGUUCUCAAGAUAUCAGUACUAGUACACAUCUGAUUGCAGACCAGUACUAUAUUUGUGUGCAUAUUCUUUUAUGACAAUAGGUUUGACAUCAGUAAUUGUACACAUCAUGCUUUGGGUCAUUAUUGAUAAUGUGACCUAAAGUCUUGUAGCAUGAUGUUCCAUGUAUAUCAUUCAAAUAAAUACCAUUGUUUUGUCAUAAA